GGGGGCGCCUAGAAAGCGAGCCAGACGGAGAGGGAAGAGGCCGAGACGUCCUUCCUGAGAGAAAGAGAGAGAGAGAGAAGAGCCUUGGCUAGGGGGGGAGGAGCCGAGAGAGAGGGGAGCAGUAGGAGUAGUAGCAUAGAUAGCGAGCUCCUGCGCAGAGCGGCCCUUCUCUCCUAGGGGAGAAGAGCGAGGGCACAAGUCUCUCCGAGAGGUGGUCUUUCUCUCUGCGGGGAUUUGUUGAGGGUUCGAUUUGUGGAGGUGGGUGGUGCGUGGAUCUGCGCCGGGUUGGUGUUUGUGUUGUUGCCUUGCCGGGCGCCGGCGAGGGGGGGCGGUGCGGAGGCGGGAGAUCGGAGCCGCAUGCCUCAGAUCUGAGAUGGAGCGGAUCCGGGAAGCCAGGAGAGCCGGCGUGUCCAUGGCCGGAGGGCCGCCGCCUCCGCCGCGGAGGCGCCUCAGGAGCAACGGCGGCGGGAGCGGCAACGGCGGGGGCCCCAGGGACUCGCCUCGCUCCGAGAGGAGGCGGGGCGAGCGGAUGAUGCUCAACGGCACCGGCGGCGGGCGGGACGACGGCGACGACACCUCCGACGAGAGCCUCGGCGACGACGACGAUGACGCCGACGAGGAGCUCGCGGCGUCCGCGCCGAGGUACCCGCCCGUGCAGCGGCGGUCGCCGAGCACCGCGCCUCCGCCGUCUCCACCGCAGCCCAGCGGCGGAGGGCACCACCACAGCAGCGGCAGCAGCGGCGGUGGCGGUUACCACAACAACAACCACCACCACCAUGGCCAGUCGCAGAUGCAGCGGAAGGGGGGCUCCAAUCCGAAGAGCCCCAUCGUGUGGAAGGCUGCCGACGAAAUGAUCGGCGUGCCAGUUCCGAGGAAGGCCCGCUCAGCUUCUACGAAGAGGUCUUCGCAUGAGUGGACAGCCCCCGGUGGUGGAAACGGCGGAGGCGGCGCUGGAGACAGUUCGCAGAUCCAGCGGCCUUCUUCAAGGCCGAUCUCGCCAGCUUCCGCAUCGGCCACCGCCCCUAUUCGGAAAAAGCUGAAAUCCGUUGGUGGCGGUGGUAGCAGCGGCGGUUCUGGUACAGUACCGAAGCAGCGGCCGACGCCGGCCUCAGCACCUUCGGCAGCCCCUCAGCCGCCGCCAGCAAAGAUUACCAAGUCGCCAUCGUUCAUUCAGGAGGAGAUCGAGGUCGCCGAGGUGCUAUUUGGUUUGACUCGGCAGUUCCCUGCCCCAUCCAAGCAGGAGAACUCCAACCACAAGCCGGAGCCAAGGGACGCCUCGGAGCCCAAAUCCGGGAACUCCUCGCCGGCUCCAUCUUCUUCUGCCGUCCGGCCGUCAGAUUCAUCCUCCCUUAUCGCUGCAGCGCCAAAGAGGAAGCGACCGCGUCUCCUCAAGUACGACAUCGAAAACCGUCCGGCGAGCCCAGCGAAACCGGACUCGGCAGAACCAUCUUCUAGGCCGGAGACGCUUCCUCCAACGAGAUCAGAUGGAAAGGCGUCGGUGUCGGCUGUGGCCGACAGUGGCGGCAGCACCACAGCCGCUGCCCAGCCUGAGACUUCCCGGGAGCCAGAGAAGAGGGAGGACCCCAGAAGCAGAGAUCCAGAGCUGCGGGCCGGCGAAUCAGAUCGACGGGAUCACAGGCCGGAGAGCAGGGCUGAGCCGGCCGCGGCACCAGGCAAGCCGGAGGGCGAGGCGGCGCCGCCGCUUGGCUCCGAGUCCAGAAAUGGUGAAGCCACCACCGCGACAAGGAGUGAGCUGGCAUCUGAUGGCGCUCGGCAAGAAAAGUUAAAGUUUUCCAUUGAUCUCAUGGCUCCCCCUCCUGGGAAGCUAUCUCCUGAUAGAGAUGGCGCUUCCGACCCUGAUGCGGAUAAGAAGGGAUUGGAUGCUGAGAUGGACAUGGUCGGGCGGGGAAAUUCAGAAAAGAAUGAUGGCGCGAGGACUCGGAGAGGGCUGGAGAUCAACCUGGAGGAAGAUAGGGUACAGAGGACUCCGGCAGAUGAGCUCGCUCCAAAGAAGCUCACGCUGCAGCUGGAUUUGGAGAAGCCCAGCCUCGGUGACGAAAAUUCGCCAUCCGAGCGACGGCAGCCACCAUUGCAGCAGCAGCACAAAUCCACGAAGUCCGAUUUAAAGCAUGAAAAAUCCCCUCUACCUGCUGUUUCGCCACCAAUGCCAAUGGCUGUUGGUGGCUGGAUGGGGAGUUUCCCACCUUUUGGUUACCUUGGUCCGGUUCCGGGACUAUCGGCUCCUGGGCUUCAUCAUCCUAUGGAGGUCAAGCCGGGGACUUCUGCUGGAUUACAGCAUGCUGCAUUGCUUCCUCCGGCUCCUGUCCGCCCCAAGCGCUGCGCUACACAUUGUUACAUCGCGCAGCAGAUCCAAUACAACCAGCGACUUUCAAAGAUGAACUCUUUCUGGCCCCCAACAGCUGCUGCGGCAAGAUCCGCGCCAUUCUUUGGUCCAAGAGGACCAUUCAACAUGGGCGUUGUGCCACCCGCAGAGGCUGCAUCCCUUAUGGUGAACCCAAUGCAGGGGAGCUACCCUGUCAGGGCCCACGCCCCAGUGCAAGAAACUAAGGCUCCUUCAAUGGCAGCCGCUCCAUUCCAAGGGAUCCUGUCGAAGGAUAAGGUAGCAUCCAGCAGUGCUGCUGUUGCUGAGUCAAACCAAAGGAAGCAAAAUCCAGCUCAUGAAACGCAGCAGUCCUCCCCCAUGCCAAACAUGAUGCAAGGGCCAGCAUUCAUCUUUCCAUUCAACCAGCAACAUGCUGCAGCAGUGGCUGCUGCAACUGCAGCCAAUCGAAUGGGAGAUGCAAAAUCUUCUGGACUCAGUAAUGUGAUGCCGCCGUCUGCCAACGCCCACACUUCAGCAGCACACCCUGGUGCCCCGGCCUUGAACUUGAGCUUUGCGAACCUGCAGGCACCUGAUGCCCAGUUCUUAGCUAUCUUACAGAAUAGCUACCCAUUCCAGGUUGCCGGAGGACCUCCGUCGUAUCGAGGCAUGGCACCACCAGGCCCAGGCGUACCAUUUUUCAAUGGGCAUGUGUACUCUCAUAUGUUACACCCACCACAGCAGCAGGGUGCGCAGCAACAAAAUCAUCCGAAGAACCCAAUGCCAAGCUUGUCUACUUCCUCUCAGAAGCAUCAGUCACAACAAUCUCAAGGGUUACUGGGAUAUGCACCGAAUGCAAAUGCUGCUGCUGCAGCUGUUGCCAGCAAUUCCCAGAGCUAUACUAGUGGCAACCAUCGUCCUGUUCUACUGCAUGGCCUUGCUCACCGCCAGGAUACAGAUAAGACUCUGCAAGAUGGCCAAUCUAGUGAUGACAAGUCAUCACACCAUCAGCCUAAUUUUGCUGUUCCAGUCCAUCUUCCGAAUUUUCAAUUGAUGCCAGCUGCUGGCAAUCAGAGUGAAAAGAAAUCGAAUGAUCACCACCACCAGCAGCAGCAGCAGCCAGCGACGAGUCGGGGCCAGGGUGUACGAAUUGAUCUAGCUUCAUCUCAGCCUUAUGUGAAUGUGAUGCCAUAUGGUUCCAUUGGUGCUCCUGGAUCUGCACCAACUGGUCUUGACUUCUCUUCAUUGGCCCAGAACCAUGCACUCUUCCAGAGUCAUCAAGAAGCAGGCAGGCAUGGUUACCCUCAGCUCAAUUUUGCUGCAGCCCAAUCUCUUCAGGCUGCACAGCACAAGGCCCAGCAUCAGAUCACUGCAGAAGCUAAAUCUGCUGCUGCAGAUUCAUCUUCUACGCCUAGUGCUGGAGAUAGUGAGAGGAAGAAAUCAGCGUCUGCAAAGUACCCGGGAGAUCCACAGCAGCAUGCUCUUUCCUUUUCCAGGCCAGAAAACAAGUCGUUUAUGCACCCUUUCCUCAGUGGCAGCAAUAAUGAGAGCUCCCGCACUUUGAGCCUUAUUGGGGCAGAAUCUUCAAAUGCCUUUGGUUUAGGUAGCAAAUCUGCUGGUGCUUCUACUCCAGCAACUUCAUCAGCUGCAGCCCAAUCCAUGCCAAUCAUUUCUCAGCAGCAGCAGCAGCAGCAACACCAGCAUCAGCAACACCUCCAGCAGCAACAACAACACCAUCACCAGCAGCAGCAACUCCAGCAGCAGCACCAGCAGCAACAACUUCAGCAGCAGCAGCAACAGCAACAACAGCAGCAGCAACAAAAUAUGCUUCAGCUUCAGAAGCAGCAGCAGCAGCAGCAGCAAUUGUUUCAACAUCACCAGGCGAACUCUCGCCCCAGGUCUGCUGCACCUAGUAAUGCUGGCGGAUACUCGGAUCGUCUGAAUGUAACAAACUUUCAGAACUUAAUGUAUCCAUCAAGUGCUGCCCAAGGUGGAGUUCCUGGUCAAUCACCUCAGUUGAAGGGAUCGUCAAUGAGAGUGUCAGCCCCACCUGCAGCUGCAUCUGUCACUGCUGCAUCACCGCCAUCUAAUUUGAUCAUGAUGAAGAACGGUGGUCUGCAUCAGCAACAACAAGCAAAAGCUCUACAGGCUCUCUCCAGUCCUAAUCAUCCAUCACAGAGCUCUCUAAGCAUGAGUUCAUCAAAGAUGGGACCUUCUCUUGCUAAUCUCUCUACUGGAGGAGCAGGAGAUCUGUCUCGAUCUUCGAAUGCUCCUGUUGCUUCUGGUUCGCCAUCGAAUUCAGUCUCAAAAAGUACUGGUAGCCCACCCGCUUCUGGAAGUGCAAAGGGUGGCCAACCGGGUGUCCAAUUGUCAUCACCUCAACAGCAGUCAGCUAAGAACUCGGCUUCGACUUCUGGAUCCAAGUCAACCCCUACAAAUCAUUACAGCAGUAUGCCUAUGCCAUCAAUCCUUGGCCAGCAGCCGAACAUGGCUAAUUCAAGCAGUAAGCAGCAGUCACAUGUACCCUCAUUGAAACAGCAGCCGUUUCCACAAGGUCACUUCUUCAUCUCCAAUACAUACGCACCACAAGGUCCUCAUGUAAAUUCUGGUGUUGGUGGUGGUCUCUACCAAAAGCGUUCGUCUGAGAAGGCGCAGCAGCAUUCUCCUCACCAGCAGAAUUCUGCUUCGUCUGCAAUGCUCUCCCUCUCUUCUGGUUCCAUGUCAAUGUCCACAGCUGCGAUUCCAGCUGAUGCCGGAAAGGCUCUCGCUGCAGCUGCUGCCAGCAAUACCAUGAAGACACUUCACCCUACUCCUGGCAGUUUUAUGCACCUUACAACUGCAGGCCAAUCUGCGAGUGGCUCGCCUCACUCUCACAUGUCAGCGGCACAGUUGUCUUUUGGGGCAAUGCCGAUGCCUGUAAAGCCUACAAGUGAUCAGAAACCUGCUGCUGGCAAGUAAAUGGUCUUCUGGAUGCUAGAAUGCUAAUCUGAACCGUCAAGCUAACUGCUAAUUCUGGAGAAAGCGCUGAAAGACUGCUCACCUCCUUGCGUGGAAGCAAGCAGCAGUCGCGACGACAGCCACUGCUGCAAGAGCCAGUCCGUUGUCGAAGAGGAUGAUGCGCCCAUUCCGUCUGUCAAUAGCAGGAAUGCUGGCUAUAUCAAGUAUCUGGAAUUGGUUGAUGGGAGUGAUACUUCUGUGUAGUAGGUCAUCCUCCCAUGGUGGAAAGCUUCGGGGUGCAUAGGAUCUCGUUUUUGCAGUUUUAUGCAAGGAUGUCAAAAGCUGGCCUCCCUCUGAAUUUCUUCCUUCCCUUCACCCCCAACUGCUCUCUUUAGCUUUUGUUCUUUUCUUUGUUCUCUUAACUGAAGGAAGAUUUAAUUAGAAUGCAGGACAAGGCAACUUUUGUGAUGCUCUGGUGUUCCUUGCCUUUCUGUUCCCAUAUAUCUAUAUAUAUGUUUGUUAGGCAAAGUUGUGCUUGGGUUGUUCUAGAAAACAACUCGGGUAAGGGGGGUAGUAUCCCAAAGUAAUGAUCCAUGAUUGGGGAGGUUGCAUAGCAUAGCAUAGCAAAUUAGCAAUGACAAUGACCUGCCAUUCGGUGUGUGUUGUAAUUUGUCCUUGGAGGCGAAAUGGAUCAAUCAAGUGAUAAUCUUAAGAAUUCA